UGUGGCCACAACACACUAUCAUCCAGCAUCCGGCAAUCACCGAUUACGGUCAACCGAGAGAUGGGUGCUUUGCUAUUCGCUUUGAACGCCUUAUUACUCUUUUCCGAGCUUGCGUUCGCCACCCAUACGGGUGGGACAUGGCACUACAAGUUCGACGUGAAGUUGAAGAGCGUGAAGCGACUGUGCAAUAGGAAGAACAUGGUGACGGUGAAUGGACGGUUUCCGGGGCCUAAGAUCAUGGCCAGGGAAGGUGAUCGGGUCGUUGUUGAGGUGGCCAAUAAUGUACAGAACAAUGUCACCAUCCAUUGGCACGGGAUCCGACAGAUACAGACCGGAUGGGCAGAUGGACCCGCCUACAUAACCCAGUGCCCCAUCCAAACGGGCCAAAGGUACGUCUACAAUUUCACGAUCACCGGCCAAAGGGGGACGCUUUUCUGGCACGCGCACGUCUCAUGGAUGCGGGCCACCCUCUACGGACCGUUAAUCGUCCUUCCCAUGCAGAAUGCCAGUUACCCGUUCGGGCAACCCGACGAGGAAGUCCCGAUUACCUUCGGAGAAUGGUGGAAUGUAAACACUGAGGCUGUGAUCAACCAGUCUCUGCAGACCGGUGCUGGACCCAACGUCUCCGAUGCAUACACGAUUAAUGGAAAGCCUGGUCCAUUGUACAACUGCUCUGCGAAAGAUACAUUCAAACUGAAAGUUAAACCCGGGAAAACGUAUCUCCUCCGUCUGAUCAACGCUGCCCUCAAUGACGAGCUCUUCUUCAGCAUCGCCAACCACACGAUCACCGUCGUAGAAGUCGAUGCCAUCUACAUUAAACCCUUCAACACGAAAACAAUCCUCAUCGCACCAGGCCAAACCACCAACGUCCUCCUCAAGACCAAGCCACAUUACCCAAAUGCAGCAUUCUUCAUGUCAGCCCGACCCUAUUUGACAGGCCUCGGCACCUUCGACAACACCACAACCGCCGGAUUACUCGAAUACGAAAAACCCAAUUCAUCUUUUCCAUCAACAAACCUCCCAAUCUUUAAACCAUCCCUUCCAGCACUCAACGACACUCCCUACGCCGCCAACUACAGCCAGAGACUACGUAGCCUUGCCAAUUCGCAAUUCCCAGCCAACGUUCCUCUAACGGUCGACAAGCGCUUCUUCUUCACCAUCGGUCUCGGUGCGGAUCCAUGCCCAAAGAAUCAAACCUGCCAAGGACCCAACGGUACGAAAUUCUCCGCCUCCAUCAAUAACAUCUCGUUCGUUCUACCGACCACAGCCCUCCUCCAGGCCCACUUCUUCGGGCAAUCCAACGGCGUCUACAAUACCAGCUUCCCAAAUAACCCUCCGUUCCCGUUUAAUUACACGGGUACCCCUCCGAAUAACACUUUCGUGAGCCAUGGUACUAAGGUGAGGGUUCUUCCUUUCAAUACGACCGUUGAGGUGGUGCUGCAGGAUACAAGCAUUCUUGGAGUGGAGAGCCACCCUCUCCAUCUCCAUGGUUUCAAUUUCUUCGUUGUCGGGCAAGGAUUCGGGAAUUUUGAUCGGAACAAGGAUCCGGCUAAGUUCAAUCUCGUGGACCCGAUUGAGAGAAAUACCGUCGGAGUACCGUCCGGUGGGUGGGCUGUCAUUCGAUUCCGAGCGGAUAAUCCAGGUGUAUGGUUCAUGCACUGCCAUUUCGACGUCCACCUCAGCUGGGGCUUGAAGAUGGCGUGGGUCGUCUUGGAUGGGAAGCUACCCAAUCAGAAGCUGCUACCUCCACCGUCCGAUCUUCCCAAAUGCUGACUUUUGACCGUCGGAUUCUGAUUCUAUUCUAUUAGUUUUUCCAUGCCGUUGCUGUUCCUGAAAUUUAUACUUUUCGUGUUAGUGGGGUGUGGGUUACUGAUGUAUUAUAUUUAUGCCACGUGUCUACAUGUCUGAGUGUACACGUGUCAGCAUCUGAGCAUUGCCGAAGAGAGCGUAACUCCGGUUUUCCGCCUUGCGAUAAUAAAAGAGAGUUUUUGAAUUAGACCCGACU